GUGUCUGAAGUUGCAGGACAUCUUUUAAAACCACAAGUCUUGCAUGGUGUAUAUGAGUUUGUCGGUCUCUUUGGCUGAUUGUUGAACGAUGGAGCUGCAGCAGAAGCAUUGUGUGUCAUUAAAUGUGUAUGACAUUCAAGAACAAAGAAAGACUGAGGACAUCUAUCAGACUCUGCAGACCACACCAACUCUGCAGACCCCACCAACAGUAAUCACAAGAAAAGCUUCAGGGAAAAAGAUAACUGUUCCACUCCUCAUCAUAAACAUCCUCUUACUGACCACCAUCCUUUUGGUUGUGGGGAUACACUUUCACCACUCUAGACAAAGUGGGGAAGAAGAAGUGUUAAAUGCCCAGAAAAUGAACAAAGAGAUGUGGUAUCUUCAUGAUGGCACGUUCUAUUUGUUCUGGAAUAACCACAGUGACUGCAAUACUGCUUAUGAGUUUUGUCAGGAGCGGCGCACCAAGCUUGCCACUGUAACAACAAAAAACAGGGAAUGGCUGCAAUCACAAAUCAAUGGAAAGCACAUGCUUGUGGAAAUGAGCCAACCACAAAGUUCGGGAGAUGAUUUCUUGGAUUAUGAUGACAUGUAUCCAAUGAUAGAUAUGUAUUACAAGCCCAGCUGUACAAUGUUUGGUGAGUCAUCGGAUCUCAGUGAGCAGGCAGAGGGAUGGGUGUGUGCUUCUACCCAAAAGUUUUUCAAUGUUGGGGGUAUGUGUUGAUGAUCAGAAGUUUGGCGAUUCAAACCCUGGCACUGACAAUCUGCUACAGUCGAGACCCAGAACAAAACUCUUAACCUUCUCAGCUCCGUGGGUGCGGCAUCAACCCCAGCUGCCUAAAAAGCUACAGAACAAGCAACUUAUUGUGUUAAUGUUUGUGUGAUAAACUUUAGUUUAGUAAACGUUGUAGACAGUUAUAAUUUACAGACUCCCUCUUAAACAUCUCUGUUUCUUUUAACUUUGCUUCAUUUGCUGCAUCGUGCAUUUUUUUUGUAUUAUUACAUUUAAGAUUGGAAAAAGUGAUGAUGAUGAUGAUGAUGAUGAUGAUGAUGAUGAUGAUGAUGGAACAACUGUUUAUAGCCACUAUAAAUUUUUUUAAGUGUGACUUCAUUCUUUAAUAAAUUCAACUUGCAUGUC